AUGUUGAGGAACAGUACGAGAAGUGACUUGAAUUCUUCUGAUGGUAGAAGGAAAAGACAGUCUAUGUUUAUAGAUUCUUUGGUGGUGCCCCCAAGAAAUGACCUACAGAGAGUAAGAAAUAAUCACAGAAAUGUAGAGUCGCUGUCUAAGGAUAACAUACAAACGUCCCAUAGUGACAGCAGGUUGAGAAGAACUGUCCUUGUCGUAAAUGAAAGAAAUAAAAAAGAAGGACAAUUGACUGUGCCUCGUCUAGGUCCUAAUAGCAGAAAUGCGAAGAAUAGUAGUAGCAGUAGUACUACAGCCACGAUAUCGAACGUUAGGAGUGACUCUAAUUCCAGUAUAUCUUCAGUUGAUUCGGUCUUUUCUGCUAUUGAUAGCAACAUUCGUGACUUCCUGUAUGAACAAUUAGAAAAGACCGCAAGUUCCAGCCAAAUAGGUACAAGCUGCCCAAAGAAGAAAUCGUUCUACGUAAUAAAAGAUGAUAAACAAGACGGAGGAGCAUGGUUAGAAAUGAAAGAAGCAUCUGACCCGGAGUCAGAGGCCUCAUUUGCCUUUUCUAGAACACCGCUGGAAUUCUACUAG